AUGCUAUUUCAGAAUCGUUGGUCACCAACAUAUGAUGUCGCAGCCAUCUUGACCUCUAUUCAGUCAUUAUUGGAUGAGCCAAAUCCUAACAGCCCUGCAAAUUCAUUAGCAGCUCAAUUAUAUCAAGAAAACAGGAGAGAGUAUGAGAAAAGAGUACAGCAAAUAGUCGAACAGUCCUGGUUAAACUUUGGGGAAAAUGAGGGGGAAAUGGAGACCAAGGAAAACGCUGAUGCAAGUGAAGAAAUCGAAGUUGAGCAAGAAGACUCACCAGGCGCUUCUGGGACGUAUGCUUCAUCUGGGAAUCGUCCAACUUCCAGUUAA